CUGAGAGAAGUGAAAAAACAAUUUCUUCUCACAGGGAACUUGAGAGGAAAAUUAAAAUGCUUUCAAAAUUUCAUUGUACCACCAAAGAGGAAACAAACGUCUAGGUAUAUUGUGAAUCUAUCCUGAAUGCUGAUGUAGAUGUUAUAGUGAAUGCUGCUAGUGAGGAUUUAGGUCAUCGCGCAGGCGUGGCAGCAGUUAUAGCAAAAGCUGCAGGUCAAACACUAACAGAGGAAUCGAAAGCAUAUAUCGCAAAAUAUGGAAAGUUGAAGGUCACUCAAGUAGCCAUGACAUCAGCCGGCAAGCUGGACUUUAAGUUCGUUUUGCAUGUUAUUGGACCAAGAUGGAAGAAGUACCCGAACAAAAUGGACUGCCUUUCUGAUUUAAAGCAGACAAUCUUAAAUGCCCUUGAAAUGGCUCAAAGAAAGAGAGCAACGUCUAUUGCCUUUUCAGCCAUUAGUGCAGGUGAAUUCGAAGCCCCAAAAGAACUGACUGCAGAGAUAUACGCUGUUUCUGUUCACGAAUUUAGUAAAGAUAAUGGAUUGAAAAGCUCGAUACGGGAUAUACAUUUUGUUGAUAUAGACCCUGUCAUGGUACAAAACAUAAGAGAAGCUUUUGAAGACUUCGAAAAAAGUAAAACUUUAAUUAACAUGGCCACAAUAAAGCAAAAGUAUCCGCAUAUUCAGUGGAUUACUCCAUCAAGCUCAGAGAAAACUCUGGAACUUAAAAAAAUCAGUAUGGAUGUUCCGAAAGAAACGGCAAAAUACAAACAAGUUGAUCUUCCCGAGGUAAAUAGGCCAUUCAUCUCAACAGAAAGAGGAAUACCUAGUGCAAAGCUGGUAAGACUUCCAGACACAACACUAGGCCACAUUUGUGUGAAAGGUUUUCAGUUUAGUAAUGGAUUAAUUGUCAAGAUUUACACCGGAAGUAUAGUGAAGUUCCAUGGAGAUGGUAUCGUUAUAAGAGUUGACAAUCUUUUGUCACGUGCUGGAUUCUUGAAAGAGGCAGUCAGAAAGGCCGGAGGUCAAGAAUAUGAAAAAGAUUUUGAAAUAAUGAUAAGAGGAAAACGCACGGCCAAAUUAGGUGAUAUCUUCCACUGCAAGGGAGGUGCACUUGGAGCUAAAUAUGUGACGCAUUUGGUUCUUAAUCAGUUAUAUACUACAGAGGAUCGCAUAUUGGAGGAGUACAAGUUUCAUCUUGGGAAACUGAUUGAUGAAAUAAAUAUUCGGCUCUGGAAAAAAGUCGCAAUUCCGCUAAUUGGAGGAGGUUUUAUCGAAAAGGAUAAGUCUGGUCUCCAAAAAUGUUGCCAGGCCUGGUUCUACGUUUUUUCAAAAUUUGCUUUUGAAAGACAAGAUACCUGUCAUAUUGAAGAGAUACAUCUUGUCAACCAUAACACGAAAGUUACAUCUUCCCUGAUUGAUGCUUUUGAAAAUAAUAGCUGUUCUGAUGUUUUCAAAUCUGCGCAUGCGUCGCUCUUCAGGAGCAAAUCGGGAAAUUUUAACAAAAGAAGUAGCAUGGCGGAGUCUGAGAGGACAUAUAACCAUUUAUCUGAAGAUUUCAGCUUGCAAAGAGCAAGGACUUGGGAUCAGCUGUGGCAAUCAGGGGAACCACCCUUGACACUCAAAGAACACAGACGUAAUAGUGUUAAAGGAAACCAACCUGAAAACGGAACAAUGAAAUGUAAAACUAAGCUUUUCUCUUUGCCAGGAUACGAGAACCAUGGGAGUAUAAUAAUAAGGUACCACUUUCCAGAUGGAAUCCAAGGGUUGAGUAUAUAACCAAUAAU